AUGACAAUUUUCAGGCAGCUUCGUCAAUUCCUGAGGUUUCUGGGGGUAGCUGUGACGUCGUGGGUGUUCCAGAGGCCGUGGGCUGGCGGGCUGCUGGACACGCCGCGCAUUGAGGGGCGCCGGGCAAGCCAGAGCGCCUAUCGGGUAGAGUAUGACACCUUCGGGGAGCUCAAGGUCCCAAACGAUAAGUAUUACGGGGCCCAGACUGUGAGGUCUACAAUGAACUUCAAGAUCGGGGGUGCGACGGAACGGAUGCCGAUCCCAGUUAUUAAAGCUUUUGGCAUCUUGAAGCGAGCAGCUGCUGAAGUAAACCAGGAUUAUGGUCUUGAUCCAAAGAUCGCUGCUGCAAUAAUGAAGGCAGCAGAUGAGGUAGCUGAAGGUAAAUUAAAUGAUCAUUUUCCUCUUGUGGUGUGGCAAACUGGAUCAGGAACCCAGACAAAUAUGAAUGUGAAUGAAGUCAUUAGCAACAGAGCAAUCGAAAUGCUGGGAGGCGAACUUGGCAGCAAGAAACCUGUGCAUCCCAAUGAUCAUGUUAACAAAAGCCAGAGCUCAAAUGAUACCUUUCCCACGGCCAUGCACAUUGCCGCCGCCGUGGAAGUUCACGAGGUACUGCUGCCUGGGCUACAGAAGCUGCAUGACGCUCUCAGUGCAAAAUCUAAGGAGUUUGCCCAAGUCAUCAAAAUCGGCCGCACGCACACUCAGGACGCCGUUCCGCUCACACUGGGCCAGGAAUUUAGUGGUUAUGUUCAACAAGUGAAAUAUGCAACAACAAGAAUAAAAGCUGCCAUGCCAAGGAUUUAUGAGCUGGCAGCUGGAGGCACUGCUGUGGGUACCGGUUUAAAUACUAGAAUUGGCUUUGCGGAAAAGGUUGCUGCAAAAGUGGCUGCGCUCACAGGCUUGCCUUUUGUCACAGCUCCAAACAAGUUCGAAGCUCUGGCUGCACAUGAUGCUUUGGUGGAACUGAGUGGCGCAAUGAACACCACUGCUUGCAGUCUGAUGAAGAUAGCCAAUGACAUUCGUUUCCUGGGCUCUGGUCCCCGCUCAGGUCUCGGAGAACUAAUUUUGCCUGAAAAUGAACCAGGAAGUAGUAUCAUGCCAGGCAAAGUGAACCCCACCCAGUGUGAAGCGAUGACCAUGGUCGCGGCCCAGGUAAUGGGGAAUCACGUCGCUGUUACUGUUGGAGGCAGCAACGGACAUUUUGAAUUGAAUGUUUUCAAGCCAAUGAUGAUUAAAAAUGUGUUACACUCAGCCAGACUGCUGGGAGAUGCAGCCGUUUCCUUUACAGAAAACUGCGUGGUUGGAAUCCAAGCCAACACAGAAAGGAUCAACAAGUUAAUGAAUGAAUCUCUAAUGUUGGUGACAGCCCUUAAUCCUCACAUAGGAUACGACAAGGCAGCAAAGAUUGCAAAGACAGCACACAAAAACGGAUCCACCUUAAAGGCGACUGCUAUCGAACUGGGCUAUCUCACAGCAGAACAGUUUGAUGAGUGGGUAAAACCCAAGGACAUGCUGGGUCCCAAGUGAUUUAAGUGACUUUAUCAUAAAAAUAAUUAUGUUGUGUAAGGUAAAAUGGACUCCAUAUAUUUCAUAAACUUUGAAUAAACGUGAAAGCUGUUAUUGAACUUGACUCUCUAGCAGAGUGAUUUCAUCAGCAUAUAAAACCCCAGCACAUGCUAGGUCCAGAGUGAAUUGAAAAGUAUAAAUAUUUAAAAUGUGUAAAACCAAAAAGAAAGCUUAGUCUCCUAUUUAUGUUCCUGUACUUGUCGAAUCUGAUACAUGUGCAUAUCUUUUAUUGCUUCGUAUGUUUUAUGAAAAAAGCACAUCAAUUUAAAAAUUUAAAAUUCUUCCUACAGUGAUGCAGUACUUAAUACAUAUUCCCAAAUCAUGGCCUCAGACAUCCUUUAUUUUCCUGCUCUUCGGGGAUACUUGAUUUCCUGAGCGGAGAUGUGUGUCUGUCUGCAUGUGGACACGAGCUUGAGCUGGUGCGUGUGCGCACACGUGUCUGUCAGGGUGGGUCAAGAAUAGAAUGUUUGGACAUGUGUGUGCCAUGUGCUAGCCACACACGCCAGCGCAUGCAUGGCCUUACUUGAGUCGUCAUGGCAUCGUUGGAAGGCCUGCGCGGGAAUGACAGGACGCGGGCUCGGAACGGCCGGGCAGACAGGCGUGGAGCCGGAAAGCAAGGGUGUGGCGAGACGAGUCGGCUUGCCCGUCCUCGCUGUGUGCCACGCUGGGCUUCAGCAGGAAUCCGCCUGAGACCGUCUUGGGGCUUGACGAGAUUAUUCUGUUUUCAGUAUUAGCAGUAUCUUGAAAGUGUUACUUAUUUUGAAAUUGUGUAGAAUGUAUUUUGUGUAAAAUGUAUUCACAUUUUGACAAUGGUAUCUUUUUCAGCUGGGAAAAGUAAGAUGGCUUGUGUGAAUUGUAUCCAGACCACAACCAGUUUCAAGUACAAACUUGUUCCAGGGAUUUCUUAAUUUAGUGAAACCAUUGUUUUUAAUCACAGAAUUGCUCCCCCUAAAAUACGUGUCCAUUUACUGCAGAUCAAAUAAUUUUAUCUCCAAUACUAAAUGUUUUAAUAGUACUUAGUCAUUUCAUGAUACUCUUUUACCUUCACCACAAAAGAGAACUUGUAUUGGAAAUAACAUCUGUUUGAAACAUCUGAUGACUAACACAGAAAUGGCAUCGUUUAAGUCUCCUGUUAAUGAACCCAUUGUGCCUUC